GACAGGAGCACCCUCACGCGCACACCUCCUGCUGAAGCACCCAGUCUCCCGGGGUCUCUGGUGCGCCUGCGGCUGUCGCUACUUGUCUCAGGCUCUCCGAGGGCCACGCGAAUCCAAGCAUAUCAAUGCUCGUGAGAAGAACCACCAAGGCCUCCAAUCCUCCCAACCCCUCCAAGUUGACGACGACGCCGCUGGAUAGGGAACCUGCACUCAAGCGCGCGCCCGUACCGUUACUGCCAGUGGUUCUACUUAUAUGCUGUGGAGUGGCCGCAUCUCGGCUGCUGCCAGGCACCGCUCCUGGUGGCUUGCUGACCUCCACGCCCGCGGACAUCUUGCCUCGUCCGUCGCCCGUCGAGCUCUCGCUUGCGGAGCAAAGUUCGAGCCUCGCUGCCGGUGGCACACUGCAGCCAGAGCUGCAGAGCUUGCUGCAGGGAGAUCUGCGAUGCCGGAGCUGGUGCCUCGACAGGGCGGAUCCUUCGGCGUCCCCCCGCAGCCGUCCCCCGCAGAUCGACACCUGCUUCGCCCGGUGCCUGGCGCAUCCUGAAGUGAUGGGCUUCCUGCCCGCAUUGGAGGCUUCCGGCGCCCUCCCAGAACCCUCCGGCCGCAAAGUGCUCUUUGCAGCGUGGUAUGCAGAGGGCGAGCGCGGAGCAGAGGGCCAUGACAAGGACCAGCUGUCCAAGCCGGACACCAGUUUCAUCUCAACGCUGCGCCGGUCUCACCCGGGGUGCACAGUUGCAGUGCUGACUGAUCAGGCCACGCAGAUCGAUUUGCCAGCUGAUGUGCGCCUGUUCAGGUUCACAAUUGAUCGCUCCAAGCUUGGCCGCAACCCCUACGCCAACUACUACCAGUACCUCGCCCAGAUUGCAUUUAUGAAGCAGCUGGCGGCAGAGGGCCUGGAGCAUUCCACUGACGUUGUCUUCCUGGACAUGGAUGCACUCGUGGUUGACUCCAUUGCAGAGGUCUUUGGCCAGGGCGCGCAGUUUGACUACGGGCUGACGCUAUCGGACGCCACGGACAUGCCGGUAAACAUCGGCAUCCAGUUUGUGCCGCGCGGCCGCUACGGCAGCGCCAUUGCCUUCCUGCAGGACGUCAUUGCCAUCUACCCCUUCAACUCCACCUUCACUGCCGGCCAGGAGGCUCUGACGGACCUGCUGGGCUUCAAGGAUGAUCCGGAGGAGGUGCUUUCUCGCGUUAACAUCAGCGUGCAGGAGGGACGCACCUGCCAGCAGGUUGGCGGCAGGACGGUGUGCCUGUUCACGUGCAUGCGCUACAACUACUGCCACGUGGACCAAAGCUGCUGCACCGACCCGGCCCGCCUGCCAGUUUCUCUUACCUCAUUUGACGACCUGGCAGCCGCCCGCGUCAAGGUGCUGCACUUUGUGGGCCACAGGAAGAAAGCACUGCCACUGGUGCACAGGGCCUUCAUGGCUGGAGGGGCCGAGGGCGCCUACAAGGCACUGUCCAUACUGCCGCAUGCGCUGUCAGACUAUGACAAAAUCGACCUGGCUGCCCUCGAAAAGACCCUGCUCGGCCCCUCACAGCCGCUGGCCGAUCUUUGACGGUCCUUGGGGAUGACUCGCUGCUGCUUUGAAUGCAUGUACCCCAAAGCCUGAGAUUGCCAAGGGUCUCAGUAACUACAAUGCGUAUCUGAAUGAGGAAAGCAAUGCCCUGACUGAGGGUAAGGCAGUAGGGGAUUCAGUGGAAAAGGGCGACGCCAAGAUAGGGAAUGAAGUGCCGAUGCCUUGGUAAGACAAGGCGAAUGAUGUAGUAGUUGUUGGGUAUGCUUCAAUACACGAUAGUGCAUGUUUGCAGAACAAUGGCUUUGAGGAGCUUGUCGCCUCCAAAGGAGCUUGCUGCGGCUGCUUCUGAGUCAGAAGCAGCCAAUAUCGGGAGCCCCAAAGAUUCUUUUAGUUUGCGGGGCUGCGCCCUAACUUUUGCUGACUGCUUGCGUUUGACUUACACUGCGCGCACUGCAUUCUCCACUUAUUUAUUUCCAUCCCAAAAGCUAGGCACUAAUUGCUCUGUGCAGGCUUUAUUGCUGCUCUAUGUUUUGCACUUUGACAGAGCCCCUGUGCGGCGAUAUGCCAUUUACUGUUUGUGGUAGGGGUCUUCAGGUUUAGUGUGUGAGGAACUGUUCAUGGGGCGGAGAAGCAGUCAAAGACUGGAGAGGGACAGCCGGUCAUUAGAUGCAUGCAUCCGGUGGCUGGCAUGUCAGUGUCUUUGAAUUUGCCUGCACGGUCAGGAUAGGACGAGUCCAUUCAUUCGCUUGGCAGUGUGCAGCCAAGCUGAACGAGAGGUACAUGCAAACACUGGAAAUCAAUGUUAGACUCUGCGAUUUGAGGACCAAGCUGCUUUGGAUUGGCAGAGAUAUUGGAUUGAGAGGAUCGUUUCUAAGCAAGGCAGAACUUCCUAACUGCCCUGUGGCACUGCAUGGAAGAAAACGGGCUGCAGUGACCGCAUGUUUCCCAUGACCAAGCGGCUAAUGGGAGCAUGCAUGAUCAGUGGCUCACUGUGCUUCUCGUUGUCAGGACUUGUAGGUACCAUUUUUCUGGCCCUGUUUAGACUGUACUACUUGUAAUCAAGAAUUACAACG